AUGGCCUACACAGGCAACUUUCAAUCUCGAAAAGGUGAAACGAAUUUUGAUCGCAUUUCUGGCAGUGUCCACGCUUGCAAAAACAACACUUUGCUGCAAGCUGCUGCUGCCAAUUACUGCAAUUUCAUCCAGGAGACAGCAGGUCCCUACUCAGCAUGUCAUUCCUUCGUCAAUCCGACAGAAAGUUUUGAUGCCUGCAUGUCUGAUUUCUGCAACUGUAAGAAAGAGAAACACAGCGAUUGUGCCUGCAGUGCGGCUAAAGAUUACGAGAAGCAAUGCUUAGCCAAAGGAGUGAUUGCAUUCAGGUCAAUCGUCGAUGCCUGCGGCGUAUGCGGUGGGGACGGCACCUCUUGCAGCCAAAAAUACUCUACGUGCACCGUUUUCAGCAGCCCGCUAGCCUCGGUCAAUGGAAAAAAGCAGAAAUUUACAACGUUCGACUGCUUAUUGCACAAAUUUCAAGGUUCUUGCGAAUACGUUUUGGCACGUGACUGCACUGAUGGCUUGUUUGAUAUCCACAUUGAGAAUGACUGUCCUUUUCCAAAUGGCAUCCGUACUACUUGGACAAAAGGCAUUGCUAUUCGUACACGUCAGCUCGGCGUGGUUAAAGCUCUUCUUUCUUACAAAGAAACCAAAGUCUAUAUGAACGAUAGUCUUUUAAGUUGGCCAUCAACAAAUUAUGGAGCCGACGGUUCUCGAAUUCUCUUGUUCACUGAAGUAAUGGAAGACAAAGUUGAGAUCGUUUUGGCAAGCAUAGAUGUCAGGAUAUCAGUGAUUGAUCAACAUCAAAUAGUUGUAUCUAUUCCAAGAUCAUUUAUUAAUAAAACUUGCGGCUUGUGUGGUAACUACAAUGGCAACCCAGAGGACGACCUCAUGCUGACCAAUGGAAAGUCGCUGCCAGUCAGUAACGUAGACGGUUCUACGUCCGCUAUGUCUGUCUCUAACUAUCUCACGUUUGGUACCAACUGGACUGCACAGGGCAAGGACAGACUACUCUUAAGCCCGAGCGACACUUGUGGUAAGCUCAUCCAUGUAUCCUAUUGCGAUCAACUGUUGGAUCGCAGAGAAACAGUCGAAAAAUUUUGCGAAGUUAUUAUUGAUCCGAAAGGACCAUUUGCUGAAGCUCACAGUUACACCGAUCCAGAGACAGCGUACAAGCAAUGUGUACUGAGCGGCUGCGCGCAUGAUGGAGAUAAAAAAUAUGCAUGUUCAGCAAUCUUAUCAUACCGAGAUCAAUGUCAAAGAUGCAACAAAAAUUUCCUUAGACCCGUCGUGCCAGAUUGCGAAAUAUCAUGUAGCAAUCUUACUACACCAGCGGAUGGUUCCAAAAAAGGCAGCUGGAAUUCUUUUAAAGACAUAAUAACAUUUUCUUGCAACAACGGAUUUACUUUAUCUGGAUCAACUUUCCGUCAAUGUCAGGCAAACGGCAGAUGGACCGGUUCUCCUGCAGUCUGUACUGGUAAGAUAUCGUAA